UAUUUCUCACUCUCCACAUUCUAUCUAUCUUUCUAUACUUACACUACAAACACACUUUUCUGUCUUUCUCUGCAUUCCCAUAAACCACAAGAAAACACAUUGAUUACACUUUCUUGAAUACAACUUGAUCAUUUAAUUUACUCCAUCAUCAUCAUUUAAUAUGGCACAAUCAAGACUACUUACUAUACUUAUGGCAUUAUGUGUCAUAUUUUCUUUACAGCUAUCAUCAUCAUUUGCACAAAUGUUGCCAAAUACAAUCUCUGCAGCACCUGCAUUACUUCCAUCAACAUCUUCACCACCACCACAAUCUUCUUCUUUAUCCCCUGCUUUAUCCCCUGACAUCACUCCUUUAUUUCCUUCACCUGCAAAAGGUGAUCAACUUUCACCUAGUGAAUCAUCAUUGCCCACUAUUCCUUCUAGUCCUAGCCCACCUAACCCUGAUGACAUUUCAACUUUUGGGCCAAAUACUAUGGCCAUUUCACCAUCUGGGUCACUUCCUGUUUCCUCUUCUGUUGGGCUUGGAAGCACUUUCUUGAUGGUUGUUAUGUCAAUAGGGGCAUUUUGGUCAUUUCAUGUUUUGAUUUGAAAGGUGUCAUGACUGUUGUCUUCUAAGAUGCUCGGUUAAGUUUGGGCAUUGGAGGAGGAAUCAUUUGGUGAUGAGGGCAUUUUGGUCAUUUUGAAUGAUGUCACUUAUGGUACAUUUUUUGUUUGAUUGUGAAUGGAGAUGGAAUCAUUGGUGGAAGAACAACAAAUCAUUUGUCAUCUUUAUUACUUUUUUUUUUUUUUUUUUUAAUUUUCUGUUAUUCUACUCAACUAUUUGUAGAUUUGCUAUUCAAAAAAAAAAACUAUUUGUAGAUUUCACUUUUACUUGCCUUUUUCAAGGAGUAUAUAUAAAUAUUUUACAGUGAUAUCUUGUUA